AUGGCCACACCAUUGGUCCUUACCCUGAGCCAGCUGAAUUCCAUUCACUACGACAAGCAGUUCUUACGGUGGAGUAGUCUUUCAGAUGCGCUACUACACACGCCACUAACAGGGAACUAUGUGUCUGUGUGUGUGGUUGCAGGAGAUCGGCUCCUGGACAUCCCCUGCAAGGUGUGUGGCGAUAGGAGCUCAGGAAAGCACUACGGGAUCUACAGCUGCGACGGUUGUUCUGGGUUCUUCAAGCGAAGUAUUCACCGUAACCGAGUAUACACGUGCAAAGCAGCCGGCGAACUGAAGGGACGCUGUCCUAUUGACAAGACGCACCGGAACCAGUGUCGGGCUUGCAGACUCAACAAGUGUUUCCAGGCGGCCAUGAACAAGGACGCAGUGCAGCACGAGCGGGGCCCCCGGAAGCCGAAGCACCACCAGCACCACGGCAAGGAUCUGCACCACCAUCACCACCACCAUCACCACAUGGGCUCGCCUCCAGCACUUGGCGGGGUGCCAGUUUUACAGGCGCCUGUGGAUGCAGCUUCUAGUGCGUCAGCCAAAUUGCUGUUCCCAGGGGCGGCGCCACCGGUCAAACACUCGACGAUCGCAGCAGCGACAAGUGGGGGAGAUCACGCCACAGUGCCUGCUCCUCCCCCGGCCGCCGCCAUGUUCCUAGCGCACCAGCCGCCCCCUCCAGGCCUUCUGCAGAUCCUCAUGUCAGCCGAGAAGUGUCAGGAGUUCAUCUGGAGCGCGAAGCUGAAUGAUGGGGAGCGACUGUCAGCUGUUAGCAUCCCCCAGCCGAGCCCCCUACCCCUCGCUCUGUCGCCUACGUGGGAAGUCCUCCAGGAGACGACAGCACGGCUGCUGUUCAUGGCAGUGAGGUGGGUCCGGUGCCUGGCGCCAUUUCAAACGCUAUCCAAAAGAGACCAGCUGCUGCUACUCCAGGAGUCUUGGAAAGAGCUUUUCUUACUACACUUGGCGCAGUGGUCCAUUCCCUGGGACCUCUCAGCGCUUUUCGGCUGCAGCAAGGCCAGGGACCGCCUCCCUCAGGACGACAUUACCAACAAUGAAAUCAAAACCAUACAGGAAAUCAUGGGCAGGUUCCGCCAGCUCUCUCCAGAUGGCAGUGAAUGCGGUUGUAUGAAGGCGGUUAUCCUUUUUACACCAGAAACAGUGGGCCUGUGUGACGUCCAGCCUGUGGAGAUGCUGCAGGACCAGGCGCAGUGCAUCCUGGGGGAUUACGUCAGAAGUCGCUACCCACGUCAGCCUACGCGGUUUGGCCGUCUUCUGUUGCUGGUACCAAGCUUGAGGGCUGUGCGACAAGCAACUGUAGAACAACUUUUCUUCAAAGAAACCAUCGGCGAAAUUCCAAUUCAACGCCUCUUAGGGGACAUGUACCAUAUGGAGAAGUAUACAUAAGAAAAUUCUCUGGUUUCGCGAUUUUGCAGUAGUUGUUAAAGCAGAACGGAUGGAACAGGAGCUGGUCUCUUGUGCCCAACUGGAGGUGAUAUAAAUGGAAUAUAUUUCUGCAGACAGGUUGUCUUGGAACAUUUACCAAUAUUAUUAAAUACACAUAGGGCAUUUCUCGCAUCUAUCUGCCGGUCCUAUGGACCCAACUUCACUUUUCUUUCUUAUUUAUUACAGUAACACGAAAUAAAUGUCUGUAAAUUUUCCUAACCUCAUUUUCCUUCCAGAACAACAAAUGUUAUUUUUUUUUUUUGAAGAAUUGACCCAAGGAGAAAUUCACUGUUGCUAUGGAACAUGCAGUUCUGCCACACUUACCACAGAAGUUGAUCAAGUCAGCCCAUUCUGGGUUUACAUUCCCACGUUCGAGUUCUCUGAGGUCUGUACCAAUAACAUUAUUCCUUCUACAUCUGUUCCUCUGAUGCUGACUGAUACUUCCUACAAAUUUUUUAGAAGAGUUUCUUGUUUCCUUCAAAUUCCAAUUCUCGAUUUGAUUAUCAUAGCAAUGUUAUGUGGCAAACUAUAACUUUCAUCAGUGUUAACUUCAUGUUCCUCUUAGGUCAGGUUAUACUCCACGUCUUGUUAGUUUGCUUUUUCCUGAGGGUGAAAACAAAUUUCUCACCCAUCUUCAGUUUUCACCUCCAGUAUGACAUAACAUCGGCUCCCAUCAGAUAAUGGAUGCAAGUUUACUUUUGUUAAUAUGCAAAUCAUGUACACUACUGACAGCGUGCAUUAUCUUGUAACGCCAUUUUGUUCGUUCUAUCCCUGCUGUUAACAGGCUUACCUUUAUAUGUAAGCACAGUGAAUCAAAAUGUGUGGAAAGGGGUUCAGAACCAAGUCACGGCCGGGGUAACAAAUAUCCUCUGAGUAGCUGAGAGCUACUGCUCUCCGCAGCUAUUCAACUGCUCUGAAGAUGGAGGCGCUACGUUCCUCCGAAACGUCGGCCAAA